CGAAUCUUGAAUAUUCCUCAUUCAGCACGUUUUCUUUCCAAUGAAAGUAUACGAGACACGAAUACCACAUAGCCAGUAAGAUGGAGCAACCGACAAGAAUUCGCAAAAGAGUGCCAAAAUCUUGUCGGCGGUGCCAUCGACGAAAACAACGCUGCAUUGGAUUCCCCACUUGCGCCAACUGCAACGCGGCAAACGAACCGUGUCUGCGCUCAGAGACAUCUCUAUCAUGGCAUCAUGGAAUGUCCAAGGGUGCGUUGGCUCACCGGAUCGAAGUGCUGGAAGCCCAUCUCUCUGCCACCAUUCAUGACGGUCUACCUUCUCCCGACGGAGCAGAAGUGGGGGAGGAGGAGAUCCGGUCAACUGAGGGUACCCCUACACAGUCUGCUGUUUUGGCAGAAGAACAGGCCGCUUCGGAGGAGUCCAGAGGCAGGAAGAGGGCCAGGCCGAAACCUGCGGCUACGCCCUACUUUGGCCCUUCAUCCGGUGUGACGAUUACAGAGCAUCUGAGUCGCAUUGUCGGGGAGGAUGUCACUUGGGCCGAUCGCUCGAUUCUGGUGCAUGGCACGGAAGAACAGGAGGGACCAAUUUCUCCUGCUCCCACGACCGAGCAGGGCAAGGCUGCGCCACCCGAUGAUGCUGUCGGCAAGCAGCUCCUCGACGCAUAUUUCAACAACCUGCAUAAGCGACUACCGUUUCUUGACCGCGCGGAGAUUCUCCAGCUGCAUUUGAGGCGGCAUGAUGCGCGUGGUGCUGGCGCUAUCGCUAGCGGUGGCCAGCAGCCUGAGUAUGGAAUGUUUAAGCUCUUCAUGGUGUACGCUAUUGGCGCGGCUAUGUUGCAGCUGAGUGAUCAGCACGAAUCAAUGACACCAAACACGUAUUUUGCUACUGCGUUGCAAUUUGAUGGCACGGCGGCGCGAGAGGCACUGUCCAUUGCGGGUGUGGAGGGGCGUAUGUUGAUGGUUAUAUACCAGCUGCGAUCAAAGUCAAGCUCGAGCGUUUGGUUCGCAAUUGGCAUGGCAAUGCGAAUAUGCAUUGACCUAGGUAUGCAUCGCGAAUUGCACUACAAGGAACUGUGUCCGCAGGAGGCGCAGCUGCAUCGAAAAUUAUUCUGGAGCGUAUACGUGAUCGAGAGGCAUGUAUCAUGGUGUCUUGGGCGGCCAUUUAGCAUCGCAGAGGACGAUAUUGAUACUCAGAUCUUGGCUGACGCUGACGACUCGAGCAUUGCUGUGCAGCCAGGCCGUUUCGGGUUAUCGGCAAAUACGAAUUUACCCGUGAACAGACGGUUCAUUGCGACAGUACAGCUCCAACGAGUCAUGUCCCGCAUUCAUACCAAGCUCUACGGGGUAGACAGGAACAUAUCUGCUUUGGCCCCGCAGUUGCCCUCGCUGUUGGCCUUGCUGGAGGAGUACAAAACCAAUUUACCUUCUCUUGAGCCGCGCGAUUAUGACUUUAUGCUCAUGCAUUGGAAUAACUGCGUUCGCGUACUCCUGCAGCCAUUCCUGGGUAUCCUUGACCCAGAUGAUGAACAUAUUCGAACCUGCCUACACGCAUCGGGACAAAUGUGCCAAAUUUUCAAGCGUUCUCAACAAAGGGGCAUAUCGGGGUUCUCUUUUCUCCUGGCUAAUUCGGUAUACCUCGCGGGGCUGACGAUGUGUUUCUGUCUGUUUCGAUCUCCACGUUCAUGGACGACGAGCGUGGCAAAUGAUCUCCGUGCGUGCUCGUCCGCUAUAUUUGUUACGGCUGAGCGGAUUCCCAGCUUCAGAAACUCCCGCGACGAAUUGGAGAAUAUGAUCAAUCGAACCAUGGAUUUUAUUCAUGAGACGUCGACUACGAGCCAACAUGUGUCGAGCCAGCCAGUAUCAUGGGUGGAAGGGCAGUUCACAAAUAUCGGGGGUUCACUCGACCUACAAAACAUGGGCAUCCUGGAGACACAAGGGCAGGAAAAUCCCCUAUUCGGAGACUUUUUCACCGAGGAUCUUUGGACUGCCGAGACCCUCAGUCUCCCUACGCUGGAUUUAUUUGGUUUGGAUUGGAAUGGCCAGGCUUAUCAGCAAUAGAGAAUUCGAUUUCAUGGCUGGUAUACACGACUUGGGAUACGCAAGUUAAAGUCAACAACUACCAAUGACAGGGAGCAAGAGUAUCCUCAAUGCCCAAGUCCUGCCUACGCGAUUUGCUUCCUGGGUCAAAAUACGGAAUCUCCCCCACGCCCACUGCACGAUUCCCACUUCGAGGACCGAACCCUUCGUGGUCGCCGGUCGCGGUAUGGAAUACGCUGCGAUUGUCCCAGAUUGCUGUAACCGCCAGUCAGCUCUCUGUAUCUGCAGAAACCCGGAAUGGUGCAGAGACACUUACCAAUGUCAUUAGGACUAUUCCAUUUGAAUCGGACCUGAAGGUCAUGUCCGUGGGUAAUCAUAUCAUGGAACCACUG